CAUGCAAAUAAGGUGAUAGUACCGCACAAGACACCUCAAGAUACACAGAGAUAGGCGAGGAGGAUGGCGCAGCAAGGUGUUGCUUCCAUACUUGCCGUGGCCCUGGUCCUUGUUGCCUUUGCAUCAUUUCCCGCAGUGCACUCCAUCGGCGUCUGCAACGGCGUGAUCGGCAACAACCUGCCGGCGCCGAGCGACGUCGUGAAGCUCUACCAAACCAAGGGCAUCGAUGCCAUGCGGAUCUACGCGCCGGAGAGCAACGUCCUCAAGGCGCUCAGUGGCACGGGCAUCAGCCUCCUCAUGGACGUCGGCAACGGCGCGCUAACCAGCCUCGCAAACGACCCCUCCGCCGCGCCCGCCUGGGUCAAGGCCAACGUGCAGCCCUUCCCGGGCGUCUCCUUCCGCUACAUCGCCGUCGGCAACGAGGUCACGGACAGCGCCGGCCAGAAGACCAUCCUCCCGGCCAUGAAGAACAUACAAACGGCGCUCGCGGCCGCCGGCCUCAGCGGCAGCAUCAAGGUGUCGACUUCGCUGCGGUUCGACGUGGUCAAUAACACCUCCCCGCCCUCCAACGGCGUGUUCGCGGACACAUCAUUCAUGGGGCCGAUCCUGGACUUCCUGGCGAGCACCGGCGCACCGCUGCUGGUCAACGUGUACCCCUACUUCGCCUACAAGGGCGACCAGCAGAACAUCAAGCUCGACUUCGCCACCUUCGUGCCAGGCAGCACCACCGUGACCGACAACGGGCUGACGUACAGCAACCUGUUCGACGCCAUGGUCGACUCCAUCUACGCCGCACUGGAGAAAGCCGGCAAGCCCGACGUUAAGGUGGUCAUAUCCGAGAGCGGGUGGCCGUCGGCCGGUGGGGUCGGGGCGACGGCGCAGAACGCGCGGGCUUACAACCAGGGAUUGAUCAACCACGUCCGCGGGGGCACGCCGAAGAAGCCCAGCUUGCUGGAGACGUACAUUUUCGCCAUGUUCAACGAGAACCAGAAGACAGGGGAUCCGACGGAGAACAACUUUGGGCUGUUCAAUCCGGACAAGUCGCCGGCCUACUCCGUUACUUUCUAUCCACUUCCCAGGGUGCAUUCCAUCGGCGUCUGCAACGGCGUGAUCGGCAACAACCUGCCGGCGCCCAGCGACGUGGUUAAGCUCUACAAAUCCAAGGGCAUCAACGCCAUGCGGAUCUACGCGCCAGAGAGCAACGUCCUCAAGGCGCUCAGCGGCACGGGCAUCGGACUCCUCAUGGACGUCGGCAACGGCGCGCUCCCCGGCCUCGCCAAUGACCCUUCCGCCGCGGCCGCCUGGGUCAAGGCCAACGUCCAGCCCUACCCGGGCGUCUCCUUCCGCUACAUCGCAGUCGGCAACGAGGUCAUGGACAGCGUCGACGGCCAGAAGACCAUCCUACCGGCCAUGAAGAACCUCCAAGGGGCGCUCGCCGCGGCUGGCCUCGGCGGCCGCGUCAAGGUGUCCACGUCGGUGCGGUUCGACGUGGUCACCGACACCUUCCCGCCCUCCAACGGCGUGUUCGCGGACCUUGACUACAUGGGGCCCAUCCUGGACUUCCUCGUGAGCACCGGCGCGCCGCUGCUUGUCAACGUGUACCCCUACUUCGCCUACAAGGGCGACCCGCAGAACAUCAAGCUCAACUACGCCACCUUCGCGCCGGGCACCACCGUGAACGACGACGGCAACGGUCUGACCUACACCAACCUCUUCGACGCCAUGGUCGACUCCAUCUACGCCGCGCUGGAGGACGCCGAGACGCCCGGGGUGAAGGUCGUCGUGUCCGAGAGCGGGUGGCCGUCGGCCGGCGGGUUCGGGGCGACGGCGCAGAACGCGCAGGCGUACAACCAGGGGUUGAUCAAACAUGUCGGCGGGGGCACACCCAAGAGGCCUGGGCCGUUGGAGACGUACAUGUUUGCCAUGUUCAACGAGAACCAGAAGACAGGGGACCCGACAGAGAACCACUUUGGGCUGUUCAAUCCGGACAAGUCGCCGGCCUACUCCAUUAGUUUCUGAGUGCGGUAAACGCUGGAUAUUUUGUGUUUGAAACUUUGAAUAAGCUGCCUGGUAAUGCAAAAUGCAUGCAUUUCGGUCAACUACUCGUGU